UAUAUCAUGAGCAACCUUCUUGGAGAUCUAUAAGGGUAGCAUUUUUAGGGGAUAUAAUAACCUGGGGAAUACAUUAAUUUUGAUUAAGCUAAUGCGCCCCAUAAGCGAUAGGGGGAGAUUGUGCCAUCUAUCUAAGGCCUUCUUUAUUUUGGUUGCUAUGGGAGAGAAGUUAAGCUUCCAUAGCUCUGUCAAGUUUGGUGAUAUUUUUAUCCCAAGAUAUUCCUUCCCAUCCUCCUGCUCUUUCUUCAUUUCAGCGUUCACUCUGAGUUGGGGGCAUGUGCAAUAUGGUUUAGAACUGCUUUUGGAUGACUCACAACAGAGAAACCACAGCACAGCCUUUGCUACAAGUGUUUAUAGUGACGUAUCCUCUCGUGUAAACUCUCACGUCGACUGUUAUUCAGAGUUCCUUUCCAUUUUGCAAUAUUGCCUUCACUUUCUGUGGAUUUGCAUCAUCCUCGCUUCUUGAAGACCUAAACGUUUCGGACUUCUCUCUCUAGCUACAACCACUUAAACUGUAAACUUUCAACCAUGCAGAUGCCAAGGACAUGGAUCACGUUCAUUUGUCUGUGUGGCACAGUUUUAUGUGGACAAAGCCAAAACUAUUUGCACGACAUGGAUGCAUACUUGGAAACGUCUUCAGAGUCACCUGAAUUAGAAACGUCUUCAGAGUCACCUGAAACGUCUUCAGAGUCACCUGAAUUAGAAACAGCAGCCGUCCAUCCACCAGGAGUUGAUAGAGGUGUGACCUUGUCAGAUACAUAUGCUUUAAGUGUUACCCUCCCUGCUGAAGAGAGUGAGGAUGAGCGUCUCCAAAUGGAGGCAGAGGAGGCGAGUGAGCAUCAAGGAGUUGAUUUCAGGAAGCUGAAGGCUGGUAGAAGAAGGAGAGGUGCCUGGGGGAAGAGGAAGCACAAAUCCACAGUGGAGGCCACUGCGUAUCGAAUAGCCGGGUUGGGGCGACCCCUGAUGGGCUGGAGGAAGCGUGGGAGAGGAGAGGAGGAAACCAGUGCUCUAAUGGCUACACUUAAGGAGCUUCAUGCUGAAAAGCAGAGGCUGAUGGAUCAAGGGAAAGCAGGAGACGAGGAGGAGGAAGAUGAUGAUGAUGAUGAUGAUGAUGAUGACGAUGACGAAGAGGCAACUGAGCCUCCCAGCAAUCGAACAGAAACACACUCCAGUUUUACAGAGUCUCCCCUCAGCGAGUGUCAGACUGCUGACAGAGAAAUCAGCUGCAGGGGCAUCGGCAUGACUCACCUGCCAAUCAUCCAUAACCUGCUGGCCACAAAUCUGGAUAUGGCAGAGAACAACAUCAGAAUCAUUGCUCCACAAGUUUUCUCCGGUGUGCCGAACCUGGACACACUGGACCUGAGCAAAAACAAACUGGAUGAUGAGUCGUUCAGGCAAAGCCCCCUGUCUAACUUGACCUUUCUGAAGAAGCUGAACAUAGAUGGAAACCAACUCACCAGGAUCCCAGCGCUGCCGCCAUCUCUGGAGGAGCUCAAGAUGAACAACAACAAGCUCAGUACACUCAGCCCUAACUGUUUUAAAGGUUUGAUGAACCUGUUGAAUCUGGAGCUGGAGGAGAAUACGCUCCAUGAGGGCAGUGUGUCACCGCUAGCCUUCAGACCACUAAAGAGACUUUUGGACCUCCAGUUGGACAACAACCGCUUCCGUUACCUCCCUCUGGGCCUUCCUCCCUCUCUUCAGGAGCUGGAUAUGAAUGAAAAUCUGAUUGAGGCGGUGACGGAGGAGGCACUGAGGGGCUGCGUCCAUUUGAGAGUGCUGGUCCUGAGUCACAACCUGUUGCAUGAGCACAGCAUCGCUACCCGCGCCUGGACCCGUCUCAAGUCCCUGGAGGCCUUGGACCUGUCCUAUAACAGAUUUACCUCUGUCCCAAUGAAUCUUCCUCGCCAUCUCCGUAAAUUGACCCUCCAACACAACAACAUCAGUCACAUUGCUGCCUUUACGUUCCGUCACAUGCGGUCAAAUCUACAGUCCCUCCGUCUAUCCCACAAUGACUUGAGCAAUGAGGGUAUGGAACGAGUCUCUUUUGUUGGAACGUACCGCUCACUUGGAGAGCUCCUAUUGGACAACAAUCGUCUGGGGGAGAUCCCUCGCUGCGUUCGACAGUUUAAGAACCUGCAGGUGCUGCGACUGGACAACAACCAGAUCAGGCUGGUGAGGCAGUGGGGAGUGUGCCACCCUCGCAAUUCUGGCUCCACCUUGGCUUCGAUCCACUUGGAAAAUAAUCUGCUGGAGGUGGAAAGGAUUCCCCCAAAUGCCUUUUCCUGUCUCACUGAUGCUCAGGGACUGGUCCUCUAUCCACAGCAGGGGCACUCAUAUGACCAAUAGACUACACAGUGGGAUGGACAUACAAGGACAGAUACAUAACCACAAUAUACACAUGUGCAUCAUGCUGAUGUACAGUUACUACACAGUUUUUCUGAAGGCAGGGUUUACAGAAAAAUAGCUGUAUUGUGUAGUUUGCUUAGUCAGUCAGCGCUAUCUUGUUAUCAUCCCUAACCCUAUCUUUUUUCUUUCACAUCUCACCUUUGA